CAUAUUGGAAUACAACUAUUGUUAUAAAUACGGACGGGGGGCUGCUGCUGGCUGAGUUUACAUGUUUUCAAGAAAGAUAUUUUGAAAAAUUACAACGAAAGCUCCUCUGGAGGUCAUGAAAGAAAUGUCAACGACUAGUAACAGUGUACUUGGCGGGCAGCAGCCUCUGAAACACUAUGGGAUCACGUCCUCCAUCAGCCUGGCCUUCCCCAGGGAGAUCGAUCACAUGUACACGCAGAAACUCAUCGAAGCCAUGAAGCCUUUCGGGGUGUUUGAGGACGAAGAUGAGCUCAACCACAGAUUGGCCGUUCUGGGGAAACUCAACACAUUCGUCAAGGAAUGGAUCGCAGAUAUUAGCGAGACAAAGAACCUUCCACCCUCAGCUGUAGCCAAUGUCGGUGGGAAGAUAUUUACCUUUGGUUCCUAUCGGCUUGGAGUGCAUACUAAAGGGGCGGAUAUCGACGCGCUGUGUGUGGCUCCUCGUCACGUGGACCGGUCCGACUUCUUUCAGUCUUUCUUUGAGAAGCUCAAACUGCUCGAGGAGAUCAAAGACCUGCGGGCUGUUGAGGAUGCAUUUGUACCAGUUAUCAAGUUUAAGUUUGACGGGAUUGAGAUUGAUCUGUUGUUUGCAAGACUGGCCCUGCCGUCUAUUCCAGACAACCUGGACCUGCGGGGAGACUCACACUUGAGGAACCUGGACAUCCGCUGCAUUCGCAGCUUAAAUGGUUGUCGAGUCACUGACGAAAUCCUGUACCUGGUGCCAAACAAGGAGAACUUCAGGCUAACUCUAAGAGCCAUCAAGCUGUGGGCCAAAAAGCGGGGAAUCUACUCCAACAUGCUGGGCUUCCUGGGGGGCGUGUCCUGGGCCAUGCUGGUGGCCAGAACCUGCCAGCUGUACCCCAACGCAGUGGCCGCCACACUGGUGCACAAGUUCUUCCUCGUCUUCUCAAAGUGGGAAUGGCCCAACCCAGUCCUCCUAAAACAGCCAGAAGAGAGCAACCUGAACCUGCCUGUCUGGGACCCGCGGGUGAACCCCUCUGACCGAUACCACCUCAUGCCCAUCAUCACGCCGGCAUACCCGCAGCAGAACUCCACCUACAACGUCUCCACCUCCACCCGCACCAUCAUGAGCGAGGAGUUUAAGAACGGUCUGAACGUCACUGAUGAAAUUCUUCAAGGGAAAGCCGACUGGUCCAAACUUUUCGAGCCGCCAAACUUUUUCCAAAAAUACAAACAUUACAUUGUACUGACGGCCAGUGCCUCCACUGAGGAGAAUCACUUGGAAUGGAUCGGCCUUGUGGAGUCUAAGAUUCGAGUCCUGGUGGGGAAUCUGGAGCGGAACGAGUACAUCACUCUGGCCCACGUCAACCCCCAGUCCUUCCCCGGGUCCAAGGAGAGCUGCGAGAAUGACUACAUUUCCAGGUGGUUCAUUGGAAUCAUCUUUAAAAAAGUGGAGAAUGCAGAGAGUGUGAACAUUGACCUCACCUACGAUAUCCAGGCUUUCACUGACACCGUCUACCGGCAGGCCAACAACAUCAACAUGCUGAAGGACGGCAUGAAGAUCGAGGCCACGCACGUGAAGAAGAGGCAGCUCCACCAGUACCUCCCGCCGGAGGUCGUGCAGAAGAAGAAGCGGAGCAUGGCGGACCUGAACCGCAGCUCCAGCGGGGGCUCCAAGCGCUCCUCUCUGGACAGCAGCCAGCUGGACAGCUCCCGGGACACCGACUCGGGGACCCCCUUCACCUCCCCCGCCGCCGUCAAGCCCAAGAAGCCCACUUCAGACACGGACGACAGCAUCACCCCACCCAAGACCCCCGCUCUGGUGUUCGUGGAGAGCCCGCCGUCCGGGGAGACCUCUCCCCAGAAGGUGGAGCAGGGGAUGUCCAUCCCUGUGAUUGGCUCCAAGCCUGCAUCCACCCCCCCAGCUAAGCCCGCAGCGCCCCCUACAGGCAGCACCAUCCCCACGGUGGUGGGCCGGAGCCUGGUCCUGCGACACGCCUCCCCAGGCAGCCAGCCCGAGCUGGCCAAUGGGGUGAGCGCCGCGGCUGUCAACGGCACCGCCCCCAAACGGCCCCACUCGCCCUCCCUGGAGGAGUCGCCCAAGAGGCUGAAGGACGCGGACAAGCUCUUGUUGGGGGACGCUGAGUUUAAGGAGCCCUACCCACCUCCCAGCAACGGAGAGGAGCAGGCGGACAGCCCAGUGGUGGAAGGUCUUGGCGAAGUUGAGGCCAUGCCCAUCCCGACCAUCGACACGACGAGAACGCAGAGAUUACCCAGCAAGGAGCUGCCCGACGCGUCGUCCCCCCUGCCCACCAGCAACCUGCGCGUGAUCAAGAACUCCAUCAGACUCACGCUCAACCGAUAGCGCCCAGGUAACCUCCCCCCGGGUCUCUCCUUUUUAUCAGCACUCACUCACUGCUGGCCCAGGGAGCCCCUGCAGGACUGCUGGGGGCGCGUCUCUAAGACCCCCCCCCCCCCCCCCACACCACCGCUGCCCCUGCCGGACCCCCGCAACCUCCCCAAAACCAUCCACUGCCCGCGAGGAGUAUCGGAGGGUGCUUCUUUUUCUUUCUUUUUUUCUUUUUUUUUUUUUUUUGGUCUUCGUUUCAGUUUUUCUUUUUAAAACUGCCUUCACAUAAUGAAUACUCGGAGUUGAGCUUGUUAGAACGUAUAACUUGUACAAUAAGUAGAGUUUAUGUAUAUAAUUGUCUUUAAAAUCACUGUUUAGUUUUUUUUUUUUUUUUUUUUCAUACACCAAAAAUUGUAGUUUUUAACAAAAAAGAAAAGUUACAAAAAAAGUCUUGAUAUCCCCCCCCCCCCCCCCCCC